GCUGGGAGACUCCUGGGGCAAAGCGGCCCCAAUGUGGGGACUUUCAAGAUAUGUAGGGGCUGUCUUGGAGAUUCUUAAGUAAGAAAGGACAAGUCAAGGCUCUAGGCGGGGGCAGGCCUGGAAAGGAGACCACAGAGGUACUCAAUUUUAAGGAAAAUAGCGGGGAGAAAGUGAGAUAUUGUAGCUAUCUAGACCUGGUCCGAAGUUGGUUGGUUGCCUAGGUAACUAGGCAAUCUGGUCCAUCCACAAAGCCUCUCCCAGGCCACUUCUGGCAAGAGAGGGGCGGGACUAAGGCCGCAGCUGGGGAAUUUCGUGUCGUCACUUCCUUCAGAGGCAGGCUCCUUGCACUCGGAUUGGAUAUCUCAUUCCAAUCAGCCGGAUGUCCCGUCUCCUGAGUUUUUCCUGGUUCUGGCUGAAGCUAUGGCGGCCCUUACGGAAGUGCAGCGAUUACAGGCCCGGUUACAAGAGCUGGAGCGCUGGGUGUACGGGGCGGGCGGGGCGCGCGGCUCGCCGAAGGUAGCUGAUGGCUUGGUUAAGGUGCAGGUGGCUUUGGGAAACAUUUCCAGCAAAAGAGAGAGGGUUAAAGUCCUGUAUAAAAAGAUCGAAGACCUGAUAAAAUACCUGGAUCCUGAGUACAUUGAUCGCGUUACUGUUCCUGAUGCUGCCAAAUUGCAGUUCAUCUUAGCAGAGGAGCAGUUUAUUCUCUCCCAAGUGGCACUCCUAGAGCAAGUGGAGACCUUGGCUCCUCUCCUGGACAGCUCUCACUUCAAAGCUGUUCCCAAGCAUGCUGCCCGACUGCAGACUCUGUCACAGAUUCACAUCCAGCAGCAGGAUCAGUGUGAGGAAGUCACUGAAGCGACCAAGGCACUCCUGGAAGAGUACAACAAGAUGACGAUUCUCCUGUCCAAGCAGUUUGUCCAGUGGGAUGAGCUACUAUCCCAGCUGGAGGCAGCAAAACAAGUCAAACCAGCAACAGAGUGAGGGGAGGCAUUCAUUGGUUGACUUCCCUCCUAGAACAUGUUCACCACUGAAGGCCCUCCAUUUCCUUGUAUUUAACGUCUCAGUCACCCACCCACCAGGUGGAUGUGACCUGCCUGCGACCCCCCCCACCCGCUUUGUAUCUUUCCCUUCCACUUGGGAUGAGGAUUGGCCAUGUUUUCUUUAGAGUUUGGGGGAAGGGGCUUUAAGGAGUUACUAUUCUUUAGUCAGCCCCAAUUUGAAGUGGGAAAAGGAUGCCUGACAGUCCCUGUCUUUUAGUCACUAUGGCUGGAAGUUCUGGGGGGAUCAGAAGUCAAGGUGACUUGCAGAGAUGCAGGCCUUGUCUCUGGGUUCCUUUUGUCCUGCUAUAUUACUGUUGUCUCCUUUACUCCCCCUCCCCCCUAUAACUUACACCACAUAAUAAAAAUCCGAACUCUGUUGUCCUUAUUACUAUAAUAAUAAAGAACUGACACAGAAAAAA